CUCCGCCACAGCAGAAUGUUUAAAAAGCUCACCAAAGACAUCGCAAAUGAAAUGGACCUGGUCCCUGUUGAGAGCAUCGCAGAUAAUGAGGAUUUCAGGCCACUCUGUCUAUUGAAAAAGAAGAGAAAAUCAAAAACCAUGUUCCACCCAGCUCCCUACUACCAGCGGACAGGAUUCACACUGCAGGAUGUGCUGUUGCCUGGAGAAGAUGGUGAAAGCAUAGAGUCUCUCCUUCAAGAUUCUACCCAAUUUACUCUCACAAAAACCAGCACAGACCAAGCUGAUGGAGGUCUCAGCAUUUCAUUUGACCCUGCGAGUGUAGAUCUGAAAGGAGGUGCUUCCAUGUCCAAGGCAUUUUCUGUCAAGCCACAGAAGAAGAAGUUACCACAGCAGUCACUGGAGGCAUUGACAAAAAAAUGGAAAAUCAACAUGGAUCAUUCCUUCAUCCGACAACUCCAGAGAACAGAUAUCAAUCUAUACAUGGUCACUGAAAUCCUCGAAGCCUCAGAGGAGACUGUCUACAAGGAAUCCACCAAGGCAGACGGGGGCUUCAUGGCCAAAUUUUACGCCACAUUCUCUGCAAAGGGCAACAGAGAGAAGAACCAAACCAUAGUCGUACCUAAGGGCUGCACUCUGGCCUUCAGGACCAUCCCAAUAUAUAUUGAAGAUGGAGAAUGGGAUUUGGUUUCAGUCUGCACUGUAGAUGAAUCAACUGGAGAAUUAAAAGUGCUGAGCGAAGAGGAAUACCGCUGUCAAAUUUUCACCAAGUUGUCUCCUGACCGCCUGCUCAUUGUCUUCAACACCAUCAAAGCUGUCAUGAGAGACAAGAACCUCCUUCAAGAGCUCAGACAGAAAAUGGAAGAUAUUACUGAGCUAAAUGAUGAGUAUGAGCUGAAAACUGAGAGCCCAGAUUUAAAAGAUCUGUUCAGCACCUUAGAGCAUUCUGAAAGAGACCGUUUCCUUCAGCUGGCUGAAGGAAUCACCUACAUCCUUGAUGCUUUGCAUGAGUUAAUGGAUGAUCAGCUGCUGCUGCUGCUGGAAUCCUUGGAGAGGAAGAUUCUGUCCCAACAGCUGAACCUGGUUGCACAGCUACUGAAACAUGACCUGGUGGAUAAGAUGUGCAAUUUCCACGUGGAUGCCAGGCUGCUCUCCUUCCCACACAAGGACGAUCAGAUGUUAACAAUGGAACUGGUGGAGCUGAGUGGAGUGCAGCUCCAGGAAGAUGGAUCAGCUGUUUCUUUGGAUCAACCCUUCAAGGCCGUGGCAGCCCUGUUUGUAGCUCUGUAUGCCCUCAAGCUCCUGAGUGGCUCCAAGUAG